AUUGUAAUAUUUAUAAAAAAAAACUUACAUUUUAUGAAUAAAAAACCUGAAUUUUUAAUGUGUUACGGUGUUAGUGAUUGAUAAUAUGUAGUAAUUAUUCGUGUUUUUUAAUACCUAUUUAUUUAAUAACUUUAGUAUAUUAUGUAAGAGGUUAUAGGAAAAAGUUGAAGAUUUGUUUAAACAGAUAAAUAUAAUUUCUGAUCAUGACUGGUUCAUCGGAGGAAAAGCCGAAAACGGCGAACUUUUACGUCGCGUCGUUAGUAGGUGGUGCAUUAGCGGGUAUAUCAGUAGAUUUGACAUUAUAUCCUUUAGACACAUUGAAGACUCGCUUGCAGAGUGAGCAGGGCUUCCAGAAGGCAGGAGGCUUUAGAGGAGUGUAUAAAGGCUUAGCGACAGUAGCAGCUACAUCUAUGCCUACAACAGCUUUGUUCUUUGUGAGUUAUGAAGCAACUAAGAAUGUGCUCCAACCGUUAGUGUUGCCGCAGUAUGCACCUUUGGUUCAUAUGUUUGCUGCCAGUGUUGGUGAGUUGCUAGCAUGUGUUAUAAGAGUACCGACAGAAAUAGCAAAGCAAAGGAAACAAACUUACGUAGGUUUGAAGAAAAUAAGUGCUAUAUCCAUAUUAAUGAAAGCGUACAAAGCAGAUGGAUUCAGGAAUGGUCUGUACAGAGGUUUCUUUUCGACAGUAGCGAGAGAUAUUCCAUUCAGUCUGAUUGAGUUACCGAUUUGGGAGUUAUUGAAGACAAUGGUUAAGGAUCGGAAUAAUGGAGAAAUUACUGGAUUCCAGAGUGCUCUUUGCGGUUCGAUAGCGGGCGGUUUUACAGCCGCGGUGACAACACCUUUAGAUCUCGCAAAGACUCGUAUAAUGCUUGCCGAAGAUUACGCGGAGACCAGAAAGUUGCGGAUACGUCCGGUCCUGACCAGCAUUUACACUGAGUCCGGAUUCCGCGGUCUUUACGCGGGAUUUCUGCCUCGAAUGAUGGCGUUUACUUUAGGCGGUUUUGUUUAUUUUGGUGUUUAUGAUGAUUCUAAAAGAUUGGUUGAGAAUUUUUUGAGGUAGCGUAAAGUUUGUUUUAGGUUAUGUUUAAGUGCUUUUGUUUUUCGCAUUUAAGGUUAUGUAGAUGUAUAAUCUAUAGAUACUGGUUAAGUCAAGAGUGAGGAAAAAAAUUUGGAGGGCUUUUCUUAGGGUUUAGUGUUGUCAUUUUUAUUAAAAUCGUUUGGAAAUUGAUUUUCGAGUAAACGUCAAACUUGCUUGACACAUCUAUAGAUUAUAUAUCUAUGUAAGUACAGAUGAAUAUGUAAUAUUUGCUUGUGUUAAACAUUAAAUGAAAUUUUGCAUUUUUGUACAUAUUUACAUUGUGUAAUUUAUUAGGGAUUUUAUGUCAAAAUGCGUGAUACGGGUAAAUUAUUUUUAUAAUAAACUUUUAUGUCUUAAAGAACAAAAAAUAUAAUAAAUGGUUUUGUAUAU